AUGUCAGCCGCCGAGUAUUACCUCGCAUCAGAGGCAGAAGCAGUGCCGGCUGAGGUCGUUCAAUCAAAACGACAGAAAUUCGGCUCAUUCAUCAAGACCGGCUGGGAGAAAGGUCUUGUGCUAGGCAAGGAGGAAGCUUUGAAAGGCAGGAUCCUGGUAGAAAACUCGCUUGGUCUUGGGCCAAGGCCAAAUGUUAUACCGUCUGGUGAGGCUAACGUCAAUGGACCAUUGCGCACGGUCGAGCUAGGCUGGCAUCCUGUUGCCGGAUUCGGUGGGAAAUGGUUCGCUGAAAAGACGAGACUCGGCCAGAAGAUCACGAAGGAGAUCGGACAUCAUCCUGAUCCAACUCAGCAUUGGGCAGUGCUUGUUGGUGGCUAUUGCCAUCAGCUAUGGAUGGACGAACGUCUGCACGUCAUCUACAUCAACGAAGUCAUCAAUCGCGACGAGUGGCACACCUUCGAAGUUGGACAGACAAGAUUCACUGACGAGGCACUGAGACAGACUGGCGAAAUGGUGAUUCACAACAUGCGACAAUCGAGGCCUGCUUACAAUCUCAUCAGCAACAACUGUCAGAACUUUGCCGUCAACAUGCUGGACCAAGUCCAGAUAGGCUCCAGGCGAGAAUUCGCCACGACCUUUGCAAUCUACCAGCGAGCCACAGGUCGUGGUUCAAUCAAAGACCUUUUCAAUGACUCUCUAAACGAACAAGCCGAGCAGGAGGCUUCCGGACGAUCACAUCAAGCUACUGUCAAGUUUGCACAAAAAGUCAUGCAUCAAAAUACAACACAGUUGGAUAAUCACCACUACUAA